UUCUGCCUCGGCUUAAAUUGAUUCCUGGAGCCACCCACUCCUUUGCACCAUGAGCAUCUCCAAGGAGCUCCACGACGAACUCUGCACCUCGUACGCCGCCCUGGCUCUCUACGAUGGCGAUGCCGAGAUCACCAGCGACCAGCUCAGCGCGUUGAUCACGGCCACCGGCAACGAGGUAGAGGGCUACUGGCCCACUCUCUUCUCGGGCUUCCUGGCUAAGGCUGGCAUCGAGAAGCUCAUCCUUGCUGCUAGCUCCGGGAGCGGCGGGGGCGGCGGUGGUGGUGGUGGCGGCGACGGCGGCGGCGACGCCCCGGCAGCCGAGGAGGAGAAGAAGGAGGAGGAGGAGGAGGAGGAGAUCGACAUGGGCGGGGGCAUGGACAUGUUCGGCGGCGGCGACGAGGGUGGAGGAGACUACUAAGUCAACAUCGGUGGUUCGAUUGCCCGCGGCGCUUAGUCGUUUGAUGGUUUAAGGGCCACCAGCUCUCCUGUCUUUUGAUCGAAUCCAAAUCUUGAAACCAUUCCUGGAGGGUUUUUUUUUCGGUGGCACUGGUGCUGGUGCCGUGUGGCGGAGCCCCGGGAGGCACGCGACCCCUGGCAUGAACCUUGUUCAUGGGAUGAACUCCGAGCCGUUGGUCAUGCACCCCGCGAUAUCUAGUGAGAGUUGCCUAUCAUAUCGAUAUCUAGUGAGUGUUGCCUAUCAUGCACACACAUACAGUGCGUUCGACCUCUCCGGAGGCUUCUGCGCCUUGUACUU